UAUCUAAUAUUUGUGUAUGUUUAAUUAAGAGCCUUUUUAGAUAUACUGUACAGUAAUUAUUUUUACACGGUUCCACAAGUCAACAGUUUUGUUUUAAUACUUCAUGUUUUCUUUUUCAAGGCAAAUGGCAUAUGUCCCCAAACUGGUUUACAGAUAUGGCUACAGCGCGGACCAAUCAAUGAAGGGCUAUGCCAGUUUCAGUCUGGCAGUCUUUAAUGUAAAUGACUUCCAGGGUAGAGAGUGUACUGGAUGACCCCCAGUUCGAUAUCUUUGGAAAUGUGACAUACUGCAGAUACCGCGACUACCGUCAACCGCCCACAAAUUACGUAGGAGAUGCAGGAGUAGGCACGGGAGAGGAAUACACAUUUACGCUGGUCUACUGGCACAUCCUGGCCGCCAGGCUUGCUUUCAUUGUCGUGUUUGAGAACUUGAUUGUAUUUGCAACCUGGUUGAUGAUGUACCUCAUCCCAGACAUGCCAGGAUCAGUGAAGCUUCAGAUGCUGAGAAAAAAAAUCUUGGCCAAGAAGGCACUUUAUACAGCGGAGACAGUAACGAAGGCAGGAUGUGGCGAUGAUAAUGCCACAAAUGCCAACAAUACGCAAUUUUACAGUGUUUAUCUCCUAGAAAAAUGAUAACCGGGAAAAGGUCUGAUACAAAGGAGGAGUAUUUGCCCAUUUACUGACAUCAAUCAACAAACUCUACCAUUGUGUGUUUCAGAGUUCUGUUCAUCAGAAAGCACAGGAAACAAAUAUUUGAUAUUGCAGAAUUUUCUGGAGACAAUUUGUAUUUCACUGUAUAUAAUUCAAAGUCAACUGUUAACUUGUGAUUUUUAGAAUAAUCUGUGGUUAUCAUAAAUACACAUUUUUGAUUUUUUUUUGCCAGAAUCUCAAUCUGACAACAAAUUAUACAUUUAAGUGUUUUUCUACGCAGCCUUAAAGGGAUAUAAUAUACAUCUUGUCACGUUUACGACAGACCAAGUAGCUGUAACUGUAGUGUAGCUAUAAUCCAUUAUAACCCAGUACUUUCAGGUUGUAGAUAUAGUAUUAAGUAUUAAAACCAAAAUCUUGUUAUUAGACAUUUGAUUUAAAACAAACAUUGAAUCUUUUGUUGUGAAAUUUAUAGACAUAUAUACUUGUUAUUAUUGAAGACUGUUAGAAAAAGUUUG